AGUAAAGCCCACAGGUUAUAUAGUAAAUCGAAACGUUGUAUCACGCAAUUUUAAUUACAUUUUAUAUCAGACCAAAUGGCUUCCUCAACCAUGCACGCGGUGGGCGUAACAGAAUACGGUGCUAUUGAGAACUUACAUUCGAAAGAAGUUCCAAGGCCAUCAAAGCCAACCGGGCGCCAAAUGCUUGUCCAAGUAAAGGCCAUCUCCGUCAACCCCAUCGAUAUGAAGGUCCGGAAUGGUACAUAUGACGAUCCCCCUGACUACUACGAUCGGGUCAAGUCACUCACUCAAAAAUCGCCAAACUUCCACAUCAUCGGCUACGACGGCGCGGGAAUUGUUUUAGAGACGGGGUCAGAUGUGAAGUACUUUAAGCCCGGCGACGAGAUUCUCUACCUUGCGAAUCCCGUCUUUCAAGGUACAUAUGCCGAACAAGUCCUCGUAGAUGAGCGCCACGCCGGCCACAAAUCAAAGUCGGUGGACUUUGUCCAAGCAGCGGCAAUGCCGUUGACCUACGCCACUGCGUACGAGUCUCUCGUUGAUAGAUUGGAAAUCAAGGAGAACGAGAAAGCUGCGAUUCUGAUUAUCAACGGCGGUGGCGGAAUGGGUUCCAUCGCUUCCCAGAUCGCCAGGCACAUCUUAAAAUUGCCUAUCAUCAUCACCACAGCCUCAAGGCCAGAGACCGCCGAAUUCUCUAGGAAGAUGGGCGCAACUCACGUCGUCAACCACCGCAAGGAUAUCGUCAAGCAGAUCAGGGACCUCAACCUCCCGGCUGAUGUGCCCCUGAAGUACGCGUACAUCACGUCGCGAACGGAGCAGUACUUGUUCCCAAUUGCGGAGGUGCUUACGCCGUUCGGCAAGAUCUGCAGUAUCGUGCAGGCACGCUUCGAUAUGUACGGGUCGCAGAUGAUGAGCAAGUCACUGACGUUCUCUUGGUGCUGGUUGGCUACGGGAGCGUACCAUUACUAUGUUAAUGAUAAAGAAGAGAAGCAUCACGAAUGGUAUGAGAAGCUGGGUCAGUAUCUUGAGGAUGGAACUAUCAAGUGCCAUCUAAUGCAGCGGUUCAGGGCCACAGCUGAGGGAAUUAAGGAGGUUCAUAGACGGGUUGAGGAGGGGAAGGCCAUUGGGAAGAUGGCUUUGGGGAUCGAUGAGCCAGGUGAGGGAGAGGCAUUCUGCUGAGAGGUGAAGGAAUUGGAUUAGUUCUUGGGACAUCUCUAGGUGUAUAGAUUUGACGUAUACGAGAGUGAAGAUAGAAGGUAUUUUGAAUUCGACAUAUGAAAAUAUUCUCAGUGUUUAAUUCAGAUUGAAAAGAGAGGUCCAUGGAUGUGGUGAGAAUCAUGAAAG